CAACAUCACACAACACCACGCAACACACCUCUUGGGUUUCCGCGGUGGCUGCCUCCAAGCGUGCGCAGAGGUGAGUGUGUGGACAAAAUUCUGCGAGGUGGAAGCCCCUGCGGCACUCCUCUCUGUGGCACUACACCCGUACAGUGCCAGGAAGCUGUGGUGUACCCUGUCGAUGUCUUGAGAUAUGAACACCAUCUUCGCCGGCCCCCAAUCCUCCACAAUGCUUUAAAACGAACACAGCAGCAUAUUAGGGACACAUUCAGCGGUGCCAUGGGUCAGGAAAUGUGUAGACGUCCUUUGGCACUCCUCCCGACACUGGCACACCAAUUCGCAGAGGGCUUGGACAUGACACUGGCUGAUUUAAUGCUGUUUGUCUGCUUUCAUCUCAUUCUUCACAGUUUAACUUCAGCGAAUAUAGUGCCUGCUAAUGUCACUCCUCUCGUCCACGCCUGGCACUCUACGCUGGCACUCGAUGGGUAUAUACAAGCAGCAAUGCCUGUUCUCGAGCUGGCACAGUCUCUCGUGGCACCCCAGACCAGCACUCCUUCCCUAGAGGUGCCAGAAGUUGAGGAUGUCAGUAUUUACAAAAGUGAUCCAGAGAGGAAUAAAAGUCGAGGGUUCUUCACAAAGCAAGGAGAUGUGGAGGAGGUGCUCAGACUAGUGGAGGAGGCACAGGUGGAGGAGGGGUAUCUUCACUGUCCACCUCACUCCUCUUCUUCUUCUGCUGGUAAUCUUAUGUUUUCAUCUUUUCUUUCUUUAUCAUCAGAUUUUUUGUCCUCCUCCUCUUCCUCUUCCACUACAAACUCUUCUUCUUCUUCCUCCUCCUCCACAAAAGAGCUAUCAUCCUCCUCUUCUUCCACUACAAACCCUUCCUCCUCCUCCUCUUCCUCUUCAUCUACACACCAAACAUCUUCUUCAUUCACAAACUCUACCUCUUCUACCUCUUCCUCUUUACACACCCUCCUCUCCUGUCUCUCCCUGGAGGGCCACGUGCCACAGUCAAGGCUGGAGAGGAAGACACAACAGUUACAAAACAUCUGCAGUGCCACCCUCUCUCUUGCUAAACCCGGCCACACUAUUGUUGACUUCUGUGCUGGAGCUGGGCACGUUGGCACCUUAGCCCAGUGCCUGCCUGACUGCCAUAUCCUGCUGGUGGAGAACAAGACACCAUCGCUGGAGAGAGCCAGGGUUAGGGUACAGCAAUUAGGGUUAAAAAAUGUAUCGUUCAUUCAGAGUAACUUAGAUUACUUCCGUGGUUCGUUCGACAUUGGGGUGAGUUUACAUGCGUGUGGUGCGGCAACUGACCUGGUGCUUGGGAAGUGUGUGGCUAAGCGGGCUGCGUUUGUGGUGGUGCCUUGCUGUUACGGAAGCAUACGACCAAACCAUGUCGUCUCAUACCCUCGUAGUUUAGCAUUCCACGCACUCCAGUUGACCCCAGAGCAGUAUUUAACCCUAGGGCACGCCGCAGACCAGACCCAUGGGAGCGAUAACCCCAAAACAGCACAGGGGCAGAGGUGCAUGAGGGUGGUGGAUGGGGACAGGCUGGCAGAGGUGAGGGAGGCAGGGUACAAGGCAGCUCUGGCACUAAUGCAACCACCUACAUGCUCUCCUAAAAAUCACCUGCUUCUUGGCGUGUUUAGGUAGAAACGUAAGCAUUCUGUGUUUGGAAAUUGUUAAAAAUGUGUUUGGUUUUUGUUAAUUUGUGGGGUUUUGUGUGAUUUUGGAGUUUUAAAUUGAUGGAUUGGUGGAAAACUGAGAGGGAAAGGAAGGAGAAAGAAGAGGGAAGGAAGGAAGAAGAAAGAAAGGAAAAUAGAUGAAUGGAAAAGAAAAUUGAAAGAUGUGUUUUUGAGUUUAUAUUGAUGGAAAAAUGAGAGAAAGAUAAAGAAAAGGAAGGAUAAGAAGGAAGGAAGGAGAAAGAAAGGGAAAUAGAUGAAUGGAAAAGAAAAGUGAAAGAUAUAUUGGUGUUUUGAGCUUGGGAUUGGUGGAAAAAUUAGAAAAGGAUGAAGAAAAGGAAGGAAAAAGAAUGAAAUGAAAUGAAAAAGAAUUAAGAUGAAAUGAAAUGGAAAAAAAAUGAGACUUGAAAGAUGAAUUGGUGUUUUUGUAGAAAUAAAGAAAUGAAUUGGAAUAAGUUUGAAAAUAUUACAGAAAUAAUGAAACAAUGCCAGAUGAAUUAAGAAAAUAUUGAUGUUUUUUGAGAAUUGACAACAGUGAAAAUGGAAUAUGAACAAAGGAAUAAAAAAAAGUGUUUUGAGAAGAAAUAGACAAAAAUAAACUAUAUAAAGAAAAUAUUAGUGUUUUUAGAAAAAUUAGAGAAACAAACAAACAAUUAAUUCACUUACCUGUCACCUUAUCUACCACCACCACCACCACCACCACUACUACUACUACUACUACUACUACUACUACUACUACUACUACUACUACUACUACUACUAUUUUUCUUUUUCUACUACUACUACUACUACUACUACUACUACUACUACUACUACUACUACUACUACUACUACUACUACUACUACUACUACCACUACUACUACCACCAGCACCACCACCACCACCUCAAUUAAACACACACAGUUUUGUAUAGCUUGUUUAAAACACGCGUUCAUUCGUACACAUGGACAAAUCACCGUUUUCUGUGAGUGUAGUGGUGUCAUUAUUAUUAUUAUUAUUAUUAUUUGUGUUUUAAACGUGCUUUGUACAAAUAAAUGUGUUUGGAAGCUGU